AAUAAAUCAAUUAUUACGUAUUGUAAACAACAAAACAACUAAAACAUUGCCCACAAUGUUAUACCUGAGCGCAGGCCUACUGUUAAGCUUAUGCCUGACUAUCGGUGCCGAAACGGUGGACGUGAAGACCAGCUCCGGGACAGUCAGGGGUCAGACAAUCGUCGAGAUGGAGAAAAGGCUGAACGUAUUUCUGGGCGUACCGUUCGCUGAGCCCCCGGUGGGUGCCCUCCGUUUCGCCCGACCCCAUCCCAUCACUACACCCGCGCCGGACAUUAUAGACGCGACUGCAAAGAAAACCUCGUGUUUUGGUGGCGACCAACCGGUCAGCGAGAACUGCCUAUACGUUAACAUAUGGGCCCCGCAUAACACUACUGGUGCCCUAAAGCCGGUAAUGUUUUGGAUAUAUGGGGGCGGAUUUAGGGGCGGAUCGAUAUUCUCGGACAUGUAUAACGGCAAGUCGUUGGCCGCGUAUGAUGUGGUGUAUGUGUCGGUUGACUACCGGUUGGGCUCUUUGGGCUUUCUCUAUGGCGGCGAUGACGUCGAGGCGCCCGGAAAUCUCGGUCUAUUAGACCAACUCGAGGGACUUAAAUGGGUCCGGGAAAACAUUGACCAGUUUGGCGGCGAUAAGGAUAAGAUCACAAUAUUUGGUGAAUCGGCCGGCAGUAUGUCUGUGUCGGCGCUGGUGUUGUCCCCACUCGCCAGAGGGCUAUUCAAACGGGCGAUCCUCGAGUCGGGCGCUGCGCUCAACGCCCGCGCGAGUGGACACACAAAGGCGGCCGCUUUGGCCGACGCCAAACAGAUGGCCAAACACUUUCAGUGUCCCGACGAUAACGCUUGGUUAGACUGUGUGCGCAAAGUGGCCCCCGCGGACAUUCACGGCUACACCGCGCUUAGAGUGGGCCCAAUCGUGGGCACAGAAUAUAUGCCACUGUCCGCCCAGGAGGCGUUCGAGCAAGGCAAAUUUAACUCAGUGGGUAAGUUUUAA